UCCCAGUGUGCUUUGUACCGACUUCCUUUCUGCCCUUUUCCGGCGUCCAAGAUGUCGAAGCGAGGACGUGGUGGGUCCUCCGGUGCAAAAUUCCGGAUUUCCCUGGGUCUUCCCGUGGGAGCCGUGAUCAACUGCGCUGACAAUACAGGAGCCAAAAAUCUGUAUAUUAUCUCUGUAAAGGGGAUCAAGGGACGGCUGAAUAGACUUCCUGCUGCUGGUGUAGGCGACAUGGUGAUGGCCACAGUAAAGAAGGGCAAACCAGAACUCAGAAAGAAGGUACAUCCAGCAGUGGUAAUUCGACAACGAAAGUCAUAUCGGAGAAAAGACGGUGUGUUCCUUUAUUUUGAAGAUAAUGCAGGGGUCAUAGUAAACAAUAAAGGAGAGAUGAAAGGUUCUGCCAUCACAGGACCAGUUGCAAAGGAAUGUGCAGACUUGUGGCCCAGGAUUGCAUCCAAUGCUGGUAGCAUUGCAUAAUUCUCCAGUGUAUUUGUAAAAAAAUAAAAACCAUUAAAAUUAUUUGCUCCAAA